AAAUUCCAAAAAAAGAGCUCAAAAUUAUCAUCGAAGCAUCAGAGAGACAAUCCCCCUUUCCCCAUUUUCCUCUCUCCCUCUCUCUGUUUCUCUCUCUAAAACAACCAAUCUCAGACCCCACAAAUCUCUCCUUUAAACCCCUCUUCCUCAGGAGCCCAAAAACCCAAUUUCUCUCAGCAAUGCCAGCUUCCUCCUCAGAGACGAGGAAUAGAUGGAGGAAGCGAAAACGGGAGCCUUUAAUUUCGAGGAAAUCCAAGACCCAACAUGAAGAUGACGGGUUUGAAGAUGAAGAGGAUGAGGAAGACAUUGACCAGCAGCAGGAGAUGGAAGAUGACCAUCAAAACCCUAACAAUUCAUUGGAUCGAAGUUACUCUGUUGAGUUGGUGUCAGAAAGUAGGGAACGGAUUAGUGAGUUUCCUUUGGUAGUGAGACGAGCUGUAAACCGGCCUCAUUCAUCUGUGCUCAAUAUUGUAGCAACAGAGAAGGCUGGGCUGAGUGGGGAGAGCAGGCAAAAUGGGGUGGUUUUGGAAAACAUAUCGUAUGGGCAGCUUCAGGCGCUUUCAGCUGUGCCCGCAGAUAGUCACUCUUUGUUGACUGAGGAAAGAGGAGGAGAAGGUAGUGGGAGUGGUUCAUAUGUCAUUUCUCCUCCACAGAUAUUACCGGGUCGCGGUGUCAUUAAGCAUUAUGGUAGUGCAGGUCGAAUCCAUGUUGUUCCAAUGCACGCAGAUUGGUUUUCACCUAAUACUGUGCACAGAUUGGAAAGACAAGUAGUGCCACAUUUUUUCUCUGGAAAGUCAGCUGAACAUACACCCGAAAAAUACAUGGAAUGUAGAAAUUGUAUUGUUGCAAAGUACAUGGAGUCUCCUGUAAAGCACUUGUUAGUUGAUGAUUGCCAUGGGAUAGUAGCUGGUAUCAGUGCUGAUGAUGUAACUCGAAUUGCAAGAUUUCUUGAUCAUUGGGGGAUCAUCAACUACUGUGCUGUUGCUCCUAAAGAUGAGGCCCCAAAAGAUGGCACAUAUUUGUACGAGGACUCAAACAGCGAUCUCUGUGUUCCAGUAGCUGGUUUGAAGUCUAUUGACAGCUUAGUCCAGUUUGACAAGCCUAAAUGUCGGCUGAAGGCAAAAGAUGUUUAUCCCGAACUUGUGCGUGACUCCGAUGAUGAAUCUGAUUUUGACAACUCAAUCCGAGAACUCUUGUCUGAAAUUAGAUGCAAUUGUUGUUCUCGGCCGGUUUCACUGGCGUACUAUCAGUCACAGAAGGAGAUUGAUAUUCUAUUGUGUUUGGAUUGCUUCCAUGAGGGUAGGUUUAUUGCUGGUCACUCUAGCUUGGAUUUUGUCAAAGUGAGCUCUAUGAAAGAUUAUGGAGAUCUAGAUGGAGAUACUUGGACUGACCAGGAAACACUAUUGCUUCUUGAGGGAAUGCAACUCUACAAUGAAAACUGGAAUCAAAUUGCAGAACAUGUUGCCACCAAGUCAAAGGCACAGUGCAUCCUUCAUUUUGUCCGCCUGCCUUUGGAUGGUGCCUCAUUAGACAAUAUUGAACUUCCAGGUGCAUCUGGUCCCUCUAGUUCUAGCUCAGGUGAAGAUCGUAACAAAUCCUAUUCAAUUUUGAAUGGGAAUCUUGCAGGACCAAGCACUGAAAACCUUGAUUCUGAUAGCAAAUUUCCAUUUGAGAACUGUGGAAAUCCAGUAAUGUCCCUGGUUGCUUUUCUGGCAUCUGCUGUUGGACCAAGAGUUGCUGCAGCUUGUGCCCAUGCAUCCUUGGCAGCAUUAUCUAAGGAUGAUGCUUUAACUACAUCAGGAAACGUGACUCAGAUGGAUGGAUCCACAACAAAUAAUGGGACCAGUGUAAUAAAAAGGCCUGGAAAGAAUGGAAGUCCUCAUGGAGAUGUUGGAAAUUCGUAUCAGCUAAAAGAUGAAAAGUCAGGAGGACAAGGUCCAUGGGGUCAACAUGAUACUGGAGGUGCUCCAUUAUCCACUGAAAGUGUAAGAGCUGCUGCUAAAGUUGGUCUUGCAGCUGCAGCUAUAAAAUCAAAGCUUUUUGCUGACCAUGAAGAACGUGAGAUUCAACGUUUAUCUGCAAACAUAGUCAACCAUCAGUUAAAGAGGUUAGAGCUGAAGCUGAAGCAGUUUGCUGAGGUGGAGACUUUGUUAAUGAAAGAAUGUGAACAAUUGGAAAGAACAAGGCAACGCUUUGUUGUAGAACGUGCUCGGAUGAUGACAACUCAACCUGGUUCAGUUCACGUAUCCCGACCAAUGGGUGUGUCUAGUGCUGGUGCAGCAGUGGUCAGUAACACAGGAAAUAGUAGGCAACAAGUUUCAGGUCCUCCACAACAAAAUUUUAUUGCUGGAUAUGGAAACAACCAACCAAUGCAUCCUCAAAUGUCAUUUAUUCCGCAACAAGGAAUGUAUGGAUUUGGGCCUCGGCUGCCACUCUCAGCAAUACACCCAUCCUCUUCAACACCCAGUAUGUUUAAUGCACCAGCAAGUUCCCAGCCUGCUCUCAGUCACUCAAUGCUUAGACCUGUAUCUGGGACAAAAACUGGUUUAGGUUGAGUGAAGAUAGUGAUUGAGCUUUGGAUUUUCUUCACUUUAGUGAUCGGUUCUCUCCAUUUCCGCAAUUAUUGAGGCGAGAGAACAAGUUGCAUUGCUCUGUCAGACGGAUUGAGACAUUAAUGAUGCCAAUCGACUGAAGAUGCAGCUCGGACUGACAGUGCAAUGGCCUGAUUACCCAAGCAGGUGUACUCACAUUAGUUGCUGCUGUAUGCAGCUAAACUUAUUCGUAGAAACAACUUGUACUAUAUUUCAGUUUCUACUGUGAAAUAACACUCUUUUGGUAACAAGAAGUAUGAGACUAGGGAUCUAGAAAUGUAGUUUUGUGCAGUACAGGUAAUUAAGAUGGAGAAAACAGGGCAAUGGAGUAUGGCAAUUUCUUGAUCAUAGAAGUCGUGUAACAAAAUUGUUGUGUCGAUUCCUACAUUUGUAACCGCUUUCCCAAGUAAUUUAACUAAAGCUUUGAGGGUCAA